AACCCACGUCAGGGGUUUCGUGCCGACUUGGCAACACUGUUCGGACAAGAAAGGCGAGCAGCAGCAACAGAGCAGAAGCCGGACGCCAUUGAAUCAUCGGGAAAGGGAAAAACAACCAAACUCCAACGUGACCUUGAAGGAGAGGGAGAAAUAAAGGAGGAGACGUCGUCGAGGACGAGGAGAAGAAGUAGGCGGCGGGAAGAAGAGGGAGUCAUGGCGGACGUGGAUAUCGAUCUCUACGACGACGUGGAACAGGACUUCACCCAAGACGACUUUGCCGACGGGGACCUGUACGAUGCAGUCCUCACAGGUGGAGGAAGAGAACGGGAUAGAGAAGAUGCCAGUCCGGCCCCACCUACUUCGGAGCGCAAUGGAGGGUCUGCUCCCUCACGACAGUCUUCCCAGUCGAGGGGUCGGUCAGUUUCAUCAGAAGACAGGGCUGCUUUCUCAGGCCCAGUUCCACAUAGUGGGCGGAAGUUCCAACUCUAUGUUGGUAACUUGACAUGGUGGACAACAGACAAUGAUGUGGCCGCAGCAGUAAAGAGUCUUGGUAUAUCAGAUUUUUUGGAUGUCAAGUUUUUUGAAAACAGAGCAAAUGGCCAAAGUAAAGGCUUUUGUGCCAUUUCGCUGGGAUCAGAAGCAAGCAGUCGUAUUGUAAUGGAGAAGCUGCCAAGAAAAGAAAUUCAUGGGAUGAACCCAGUGGUUAAUUUUCCAAGCAAACAAGCUCUCAAUCAGUUUGAGGCGCAAAGCAAAACCCGCUCCAGCCCUCAGCACCAGCAGCGGGGGGGCCCUGGUGGACCAGGAGGUCCUGGGGGUCCUGGAGGGCCACCUGGUAGCCAUCCAGGUAACCAUCCUGGUGGACACCCUGGAGGCCCAGGUGGACCUCGCAUGCCCCCACCGGGUCGAGGCAUGCCUCCCCCUGGCAUGGAUCAUAGGCCGCCAGGUCCUCAUGGGCCUCAUGGUUCCCAUGGUGGUCCACAUGGCCCUCAUGGACACCACGGACCUCCGGGUCCACACUGGCCCCCCGGCCCACACGGUCCUCCACACGGGGGACCGCCUGGCCCACACGGACCUCCUAACAUGGGACCACAUCAUGGACCUCAUCAAGGCCCACCCCGAGGCCCACCACCACAUAGUAUGCAAGGUCCUGGUCCAAGAGGUCCCCCACCAGGCCAUAUGCAAAGACCCGUACAUCCAGGAGGACCAGGAGCUCCUCCGCCAGGACCUCCUCGAGGCCCCCCACCAAAUAUGGGACCACCCCCAGGUCAGCAAGGGCCCCCACCCCCUCGCGGCCCACCACCACCAAUAGAUCCCAGGGCUCCACCACCUAGACCAGAUUUCAUACAAGGUGGCUUUCCUGCCACGAGCAGCCCUCCUACGGUUCCUCACAGCUUGGCUCUCCCCACGAGGCCGCCAAUGGGCCAAUGUACCCCCACCACAGAAAUAUAUGGCAGUGGUCCUCCUCCACAUGGUGCUCCUCCACCUCAUGGCCCCCCUCCUCCUGGAGGUGCUCCUCCAGCACCGCACGUCAACCCAGCUUUCUUUCCACCUCAUGGUGCUCCUCCACCUCCAGCUGCACCACCAGCUCAUUACGGCCCUCCUCCGCCACCUCCACAUCAGCACAGCGGUUACGGAGGGGGUGACCACCGCAUGGAUGGGCCCCCACCCUUGUCAGAAGCAGAGUUUGAAGAUAUCAUGAACAGAAAUCGUACUGUUUCCAGUUCGGCAAUUGCAAGGGCCGUUGCUGAUGCCUCGUCCGGUGAAUAUGCAAGUGCUAUUGAAACACUUGUAACUGCAAUAUCUCUCAUCAAGCAGUCCAAAGUUGCACAUGAUGACAGAUGUAAAAUUCUCACAAGUUCCCUACAGGAUACAUUACAUGGCAUUGAAGCCAAGAGUUAUGGGUCUAGUAAGCGAAGGGAGAGGUCACGUUCUCCAAGCAGCAGAAGACACAGACGUGAGAGGUCAAGGUCCCGUGAGAGGGAAUAUCGAGACCGAUCAAGGUCACACUCUCGUGACAGGGAGUAUGAACGUCACCGCAGUGAAAGGGAACGUGGAACUUCUGAGAGAGCUGACCGCGAGCGAGAUUAUGAACGUUCGUACAGCCGAGAAAGGGAGUACGACAGAGCCAGAGAACGUGACCGUGAGAGAGACAGAGACAGGGAAAGAUAUUACGAUGAGAGAUACAGAGAACGGGAUGCAAGGCGGGAGCGCAUUGAAGAGAGGCCCACGCGCGAACGCAUAGAAGAAAGAACAACUCGAGAAGACGUCAGAGAACCUGUCAGGGAGCGGGAGCGAGAACGCGACAGAGACAGGGACAGGGAACGGGAGAGGGAGCGCGAGAGGGACGUGAGAACUCGCGAGGAAAGGGAAUCAUCGUCGCACCGCUCAUCUAGGCAUUAGGGAAUGCAAUAAUUAAGGGAGAGAAUCGUAUACAAGUUUAUAUACACUAUGACACAAAAGAAAUUUAGUGGUGGUGUGUUCCAAUGAACAGUGGCCCUCCUGGCACUGGAGAUGUUGGCAGGGUAAUGGAUGAUUGAUAGUUUGCUCAUGACACUUGUGUGAAUGUGACAGAAGACAUGAAUGGAUAAACAGUUUAUAUAAUAGAUGAUUUGCAUUUUGAAUUAUAGUGAUAAAGUUGCAGUGCACUUUAUGCAGCUGAUCGGGGAAUGUACUUGCUGUACCUCACUGUGGUUUUAUGCCUUUUGUUAGGGUUUUGUGACAGUCCGUCACUUGUGUUCUCUGCAGGCCAUCAGUUGUAAAUGUUGUGGAUAUUAGUAAGUUUCAUAGCCAUCCACAAUUUAAAUAUUUCAACACUUGUAAUUGUGCACCAGAAUUUGAGUCUUGGAAAAGUUUGGAAAAUAUUUGUCAUACUGAAGAAUUCAUAGUUUGUGUUGUUUGCUAUUGCUGUUUGUUUUUUGUAAUAAAAGAAAUUAAGAGAUUUAAGGAGAUAAUGAAGCUUGUGUAUUAUUAUUAGCUUGAGAGUUUUAGCCUGACCACAGGGUUUCCAAUUUUUUUUUUUUUUUUUUUUUUUUUGGGGGGGGGGGAUGGGAUGGAGAGCAGGGGUAUAUUUUCUUUUGUCCAGUGGCUGACCUUUAGGUCACCGUCCAGUGUAUUGGCACCGUAAUUUUUUUUUUUUUUGUUAUCAGUGACCUUUAUUUUUUUAUUAUUAUCAAUAUAAUGGUGACAGGCUGAAGAAUAGUACAAUAGAUAGUUGACUUUCACACCAGAAAGUCGUAUGUUAGCAGUGCUUCAUAUAAUUUUUGUUUAAAUAAAAGUUAUGAAGUAGAA